AUGGUCUUAUCGGUCGAUGGAGUAACCCUGCUCGUGCUGGUUUCCAUGGUGACUCUAGAUUUGGUAUGUGGGUCGCAGGAGCGAGAAGAGGACUCACGACUCACAUUCACUCAUUUCGCACAUUCACAGCAGGAUUACACACUUCAGACUGAAGGAGUAAAGAGCAUGACAUUCUAUGUUCAAAAGACAUCACGUAAUGCCAGAGUUAAGAAUACUGAUUUUAAUAUUCAUGUCAUCGAGGCUAGAGUAGGUGAACCAAAUGCUGGACAAGUAAAUAAACCUGAUCAUAAUGCAGCUGAUUAUCAAAUGUCAAAUCAUGUUGUGCUGGAUAAUGGUGUGCUGCAUGAAACGGAUGAAGGAAAGUCCAGUGAAGGUCCUGUUGUGCUCACUCACUCUGGUCCAGUUCGUGGACUGAGACUAGACAAAGCUUAUGCGUUUUAUGGGAUUCCAUAUGCUGCCCCUCCUGUAGGCCCAAAACGAUGGACUGCUCCUGGAUCUGUGUCACCAUGGAAGAACCCGUAUGACGCUACAUUCUCUAGACCUGCGUGCAUACAGGCUUGUGCUGGAGAAAUCUGCCCUUCUGAGGUGAGUGAAGACUGCCUGUAUUUAAAUGUGUAUGUCCCCCUGAGUGUGGACCUAUCACUGAAGAACACGACAGGUCUGCCUGUCAUGGUGUGGAUUCAUGGAGGUGAUUUUAUUGCUGGCUCUGCCUCUAAGCCGCUGUAUGAAGGACGCUUCAUUAGUAAUCAUAGCAACACCGUGGUUGUAAAUAUAGAGUAUCGUCUAGGAGCCUUUGGGUUCCUGGUGACGGGAAAAGAUCCUCAAAGAUCUGCGGUGGGAAACUAUGGAAUUCUGGACCAGCAGGCAGCACUGCACUGGAUCAGAAAUAACAUUGCUUUCUUUGGUGGAGACCCAGCCAAGGUGACUCUGUUUGGUGAGAGUGCUGGUGCCCAGUCAGUGUGUCUACAUCUAAUGAUGCCCACCAGCGAAACUCUCUUUCAACAAGCUAUAAUACAGAGCCAACCAUUUUCCAUCCCACUCAAAACCAGGUGGGAUGCCAUGAAGUUGGGCAGACACUUUGUGAAGCUGACAAAUUGCUCGGUAUCUGACCUGGCGUGUCUUCGCUCACUCAGCUCACAACAAAUUCUGGAGGCUCAAGUUAAAGCAGGUUCUAAAAUCAUCAACCCCUUCCGAUUCCUGGAGGUGUUCGAGACCUGGGGACCAUAUAUUGAUGGAGAACUGAUUAAGGAGCAGUUAUUUCUUGCUUUUCAAAAGGGUCACUGGCAGAGCUACAAGCCUGUUAUACUCGGCACUACAUCUGAGGAGGGGGUUUUGUUUGUGUAUGGGGUGUUCACUCAGUCAGUGUCAGUGCUGGAAUGUAUAGUCUACACUACCGCAAUCUUCAAACAACAUACUCUCAGCAUCCUACAAAAAUACAUGCCCCUCUACCAUAACCAGGACAGACGCAUCAUUCUUUCACAGAUUGUUACAGACUAUGUGUUCCUCUGUCCGACUCGCUGGUCCGCUCGCUCUGCAGUAAGUUUGGGCGGGGCUGUCUGGAUGUAUGUAUUUGACCACACCCCUUCAGAUCACAGGAUAUGGGAUGGACUUACUUUCUGUUAUGAUCAUGCCUGUCAUGGAGCAGAGCUUCCAUUUCUGUUCGACUCUGCUACUGCAGCAAACUUCACCUUUACAGCCCAGGAGACUCACUUAGCUCACCAGAUGCUGUGUUAUUGGGGUGCAUUUGCCCACUCUGGAGAUCCAAACUCUGAUACUGAGCAAACACCAUUCUGCAAGAGGCAGAAGCUACCACCUUGGCCUAAAUAUACAUUUACUGAGAACUGGUCACUAUUAAAUUUAUCUAUCCAGUCUCAUCCCCAGAUUGGCAACAGGGAUCACUUUUGUGACUUCUGGGAUCAGCUGAACAUUUACUGAUAGGAACACUAAGAUUGUAUUAUAAGUCAAAAGAAACUAUUUCAAAGCUAUAUUUCUAGUUAUGUAAGCAUGCUUUUAAUUCUUUUUUUUUUUUUUUGCUAUA